AUGAACUUUGCAAAGAUUGCGAAGAAAGGGACCAGAGGGUGUCUUGAGGCUGUCAGAAACAAGGAUCCAACCUCCUUCACGUACAUCACUUUGAUUACAGAAGCCUUUUUACGCUGCCUUCUUCCUUCUGGUAAAGUCUUCAUUCCAGCUCUCAACUGGGAGAACUUCAACACAAAAACUUGGGAGAUCAGAAAAGAUACCAUUCGUCUAACUUAUGCCCGAACUGUGAUAGUUGGGGCAUUCAUGAGUGGUGGCUUGGAAUUUAAUACGAUGAAAAAACAAGAUAUACUGAUUAUUGGACUUGGAGGAGGUGUACUUAACAACUAUUUCGCUCAAAUGAAGAAUCAAACGUUGAAUAUUACUGUUGUCGAUAUCGAUCCCGUAAUGAAAACAAUAGCGAAAAAAUGGUUCGGAUUCGAAGAAUCGCCUUUACAUCGCAUUAUCAUAGACGAUGGAGUGAGAUUUAUCCACGAUGCGGCAAAAAAAGGCUUGUCAUAUCUUGGUCUAUCAACGAGGUUUGAUUGUGAUUUUUCAAGGGGAAAAGUACGAUAUCAUUAUUAUCGAUGCGCUGUCAUCGUAGACAUCGUCACACAGCCUGAUGCUCGAGAAGAAGCUCAGAAGAUGCUGUUCUGCUCUGCCAAAGAAAACAAUUCAUAUCUCGACAACAGAGAUGAACUUCAUAAUCGCUUUGUAGCUGUAGACAAAGCUCUAGGAUUUCAACUCAUCGAAAAAGGCCAAUAUCCACCUGAUUAA